AAGAGUUACCUGCUAUAUAGUCUCCCGGAAACUGGAAAAUCAAGUUUAAGUAAGGCUAUUACUAGGUAUUUUAGUUUAGAUAUCUAUAUUCUUAAUCUCUUUACUAUUAAUAAAGCCAAUCUAAUAAAUCUAUUUACUAAGCUCCUAAGUUAUUAUAUAAUUCUUUUAGAAGAUAUUAAUAUUAUAAGUUCAAAUCAAGAUACCGAAAUAGAGGACUCUUACUAG